AUGGGCCGUGGGUCGGGAACCAAGGGUAAACACCCGAAAGGGGCGGGCAACCCGGGCGGUGCCAGUGAUGCCGCCGAGCCGGUGGACGUGUCGCUAGAGACAAGGCCUCGUCAUUACACCUUUGUGGGCAAGGCGGUGCCUGACGACGAGAGUGCUCGUGCUGCCGAGGGAAAGCAGUCCAAGGGCAAUGGCAAACGCCAUGCUAAGGAUGCCUCUGGUAAGACCCAAACGAAGGGUGGUGGCAAAUCCCCGGGUAAGGAUGUCCCCGUUGCAAAGGGUACCGGCAAAUCUCCAGGAAAGGAUGGUGGCCCCGGUGCAACUACGGGAACCGGUAAAGCUGCAGGAAAGGAUGGUGGCCCCAAGGGUGCCGGCAAAGUUCCGGGCAAAGAUGGUAGCCCCGUUCCAAAGGGUACAGGCAAAGUGCCGGGAAAGGACGCUAGCCCCGUUGCUAAGGGUACCGGCAAAGCUCCAGCUGGAAAGGAUGGUGUGGGUGAGGAUGGCCCCCUUGCAAAGGGUACCGGCAAAUCCCCUGGCAAAACCCCUGGUAAGGAUGGAUGCAAAACCGGUGGCAAGGAUGGAGGCGCAACCCGUGAUGAUGGAGGCAAAGCCAACGGCAAGGAUGGGUGCAAAGGUCCUGGCAAGGCGGCUUCAAAGGAUGCUGGCGUCCCCGACUCCAAGACCAAGGGCACCAAAGGUGGGAACACGAAGGGUGUCGGCAAACAACAGGGUAAGCCCAGCACAGCAGAAUCUAGCAAAGGAAAGGGCGCCGGCGAUCAGGAGCUGCACACACCAGUAAGGACUUCGAUCCUGGGAAGCCCGAACACCGGCACACCGCCGUCCAAGCCAGACGGGACCAAAGGAGCCAUCACUGAGCCCGGGAAGCCAGCCAAGGGUGCAAAGGGAGGGACCUCGGCCGUCGAAGCCACCGCGAGCUCCAACGAGGAGAGAGGCAAGGGCAAAGCCCUUGUUUCCAAGGGAAAGGGAGGGCAGCAGGGUGAGAAGCAAUCUGGAUGGAAAGACAAUUCAGUGUGUCGCCGAGUGUCAUUCGACGGAGGCGGGAAAUUUAAGCUCUAG